AAAAUAUGUGGGAAUGAAUGUCGAGUGGAAUGGAACGUGACAGAAUAUGAGGGAGGCGUGAGCGAGUGAGCGAAGGAGUGAGAGAGAGGGACUGAAUGAACGGUGUUAGAGGCAACCACGCGGUACUGAGUGUAACGAACGAGCCAAAGUUGUUGAAAUAAAAGUUGUAAUAAGUGUUUAAAACGGGAUUUUAUUUCAAAGUCAUCGAUCCCCAGCACGAAGAGAGCUACAGAUUUUGGGGGCUCGUCCGGGAUCGAUCAACGACGAAUUUCCACGAAGUUUUCUACGACGCACCGGCCGGCGCGACGCGGCGGCCAUUAAAUUUGAAUUACGAAGUUACGGAGCACGAUGGAAUCGAAAUCAACGACGAUUACGACUGCAGCGGCGCCGGUGGCGUUCGGGCUCACAGAGGGGCUCAUCGAGAAGUUCAGCGGAGACGACAAAUCUUACUCGUCGAGUAAGUGGGCUCAAGACAUCGAGGAUAACGCUGAGAUAUUUCAGUGGACGCCGCAACAAACUUUGAUCGUAGCUCGCCGGUCACUCACCGGGACGGCUGAGCUAUGGUUAAAAUCGAGAAGGCAUUCAAAACCUACGGCGAUCUCAAGGCUGCGCUUGUGAAGGAAUUUCCAGACACCGCGAACGUCAAGGAAAUGCACGAGCUAAUGGCGGCACGCAAGAAAUUAAAAGGCGAGACGUAUUAUCAGUACAUGUUGCAUAUGAAAGAGCUAGCGCGGCGUGCGAAAUUUCCCGACUACAUCGCGAUACAGUACAUCGUGGAUGGCAUCGACGAUUACGAGAGCAAUAAGGUGAUUCUGUACGGCGUGACCACGUUUCCAGCAUUGAAGGAAAAGCUGGCUUUCUAUGAGAAAAUGAAGUCCAAAACCAGGGAGCGAGAAAAGAGAACCGAGAGGUUAAAAGGUCAUGCGAGGUCGGCGGAGGCGUCCUCGGCAGCAUCGGGAUCGGCGAGGCGGUGCUAUAGCUGUGGUGACAUGGGACAUGAAGCGGGUGUGUGUAAAAACGGAUUGAAGUGUUUUGGGUGUAAUCAGUUCGGUCACAUUCGUAACCAGUGUCCCGUAAAUCCGAUGAGAUCUACGGCUACAGCAUCGGCAUCGGGUCAUUCAGGCGCCAAGAUGGCGGGCGCAGGCGGCAGCGGCGCUCACGGCGGCCGAGGAGGCGGGGCUUCCGGUUCCGGGGAGGCCGGAAAGUUGGGACCCAAGCGACCCGCGGCUAUGUUCGGAACGGUGAACGAAGUAAGCGGAAACGAGACUGUCCGCGCGGUCAUAGACAAUGAAACGUCACUGACAUUGACAGAUGUCAACACUGUAAAUGUGACAGCUACGAGUUACGAAGAUCGAAACGUUAACAUCACGCAUGUAAACAAAUGUGUUCGGAAGCCGGUAAAAGACAUUAAAAUUAAUAAUACAGUUUUAAAUGCUCUCGUAGAUUCAGGAUGUGUAGCAGUCAAUGUUGAUCACAUUCAAGAUCCAGCAGUAAGGAGUGAGGUUAUGCAAUGUGUUGAGGAGUAUAAGCCAUUGUAUAAGGAAGAGGCCCCGAUCCAACUUCAAAUUGUAUUGAAGGAUGACAUCCCAGUGCGACAGCGACCCAGACGACUGUCACUUAUGGAGCAACAGGUAGUGGAAGAUCAAAUCGAGGAAUGGCUUGAUAAAGGCAUCGUGAGGGUGAGUUUCUCAGAUUACUCCAGUCCUUUAGUGCUAGUAAAGAAGAAAGAUGGUUCGACUAGGGUCUGUGUGGACUAUAGGCAGGUCAACAAGAAAAUAGUUAAGGAUGAAUUUCCACUUCCCGUAAUCCAUGAUCUGAUUGACAAAUUGCAGGAAGCUAAGGUAUUCAGUGUACUUGAUUUGAAAAGUGGGUUCUUUCAUUUGAAGGUCAGCGAGGAGUCUAUUAAGUACACAUCAUUUGUCACUCACCACGGGCAGUUUGAAUUUCUCCGUGCCCCGUUUGGUUUGUCCACCUGUCCCAAGACUUUUAUGAGAUUUGUGAGUAUAAUCUUUAGAAAUUUGAUUUCCCAAGGAGUGUUAAUCAUAUUUAUCGAUGACAUUAUAAUUCCAGCCUUGGAUGAAGUUCAGGCUGUAUCGAGGUUGAAGCAAGUGCUAGAAGUCGCAGCACAUUAUGGCUUGGAGAUUAAUUGGAAAAAGGCGAACCUACUGCAGCGUGAAGUUGAGUACUUGGGCCACAGGGUGAAGGAUGGAGAAGUACGGCCGAGUACAGAUAAGGUGGAUGCAGUCAUAAGGUACCCUGAGCCAAGAACCCUCAAGCACUUGCACAGUUUUGUUGGAUUGACAAGCUAUUUCAGGAAGUACAUUGAAAAUUAUGCUUCUGUGGCGAAGCCAUUGACUGAUUUAUUAAAGAAGAAUACAGAGUUCAUAUUUGAGGAUAAGGAAAGAAAAGCUUUUGAGACACUGAAGAAUAAAUUAGCUAGCGGACCUGUUCUGAAGAUUUUCAAUCCGAAGUUGAAGACUGAAUUGCACACCGAUGCCUCAGGUGUAGCAUUGGCUGCAAUACUCAUGCAACACCAUCCAGGGUCAGGCUUACACCCAGUACAUUACAUGAGUAAGAAGACAACUGACAUUCAGAGCCGGUACUCAAGCUACGAAUUGGAAGCACUAGCCAUCAUAGAAGGUAUCAGGAAGUUCAGGCACUACCUUUAUGGUAUUCCAUUUAAAAUAGUCACAGACUGUAAGGCUUUUGAAUUAACACUUAAGAAGAAAGACUUGUCAGCCAAGGUAGCCAGGUGGGUCCUCAUGCUCAGUGAAUAUGAUUUCGAAGUGGAGCACAGAGCGGGCUCCAGGAUGCAGCAUGCAGAUGCUUUGAGCCGCAUACCAACAGUGGCAGUGGUUACUACUCUGCAGGAGAGUUUACGCCAAGCACAAGAUCAAGAUGAUGGCAUAAAAGCCAUAAAGGAAAUUUUGAGAGGAGGAAGUCCAUACGACGAUUAUUGGUUAGAAAAUGGUGUGUUGUAUAAGACUGAGCAGAAGCUGUUUGUAGUGCCAAGAAGUUUGGAGAAAGAAAUUAUUAACAGAGUACACAGCAAAGGUCACUUUGGAAAGUCUAAGAUGAAAGAGUUACUGAAUAAGGAAUAUUACAUUAGAGAUGUGGACAAGAAGAUGCAGGAUUUUUUAUUGAGUUGCAUUCCUUGCCUACUAGCAACAAGGAAGGAAGGAAAACAGGAAGGAUUCUUGAAUCCGAUAGAGAAAGAAGGUGUUCCAUUUGAUACCCUGCAUUUAGACCAUAUUGGUCCACUUACAGAGACAAGAAAGCAAUACAACUACAUACUCACGGUGAUAGAUGGGUUUACGAAGUUCGUAUGGCUGUUUCCCACGAAAACUACUUCAUCAUCAGAGACAUUAAGGAAAAUUCAGAUUCAUCAGCAAAUAUUUGGGAACCCCCGGCGGUUCAUAACAGACCGGGGAACGGCAUUUACAAGUAAUGAGUUUAAGAGUUAUUGUGAAGAAGAAAAGAUAUCUCAUGUAAAGAUUACUACUGGUGUGCCACGUGGUAAUGGCCAAGUGGAGAGAGUACAUCGAAUACUUAUUCCAGUUUUAACAAAACUAUGUUUGGAGAAUCCUGCAGUAUGGUACAAGCAUGUAAGCAAAGUGCAGAGGGCACUCAACUCUACUUUCCAGAGAAGCAUAAACACAACACCAUUUGAACUACUGAUGGGAGUAAAAAUGAAGGGUAAGGAAGAUUUGGAAAUUCUACAACUAUUACAGGAAGAAAAUACACUACAAUAUGAUGAAAAUAGAGAGAAGAUAAGGCAGCAAGCCAAAGAACAGAUUCUAAAGAUACAAGAGGAAAAUAAAAAACAAUAUGAUAGAAAGAGGAAGGAAAGUUCAAAGUAUAAGGAAGGUGAUUUAGUGGCGAUUAAAAGAACACAGUUCGGUCCAGGGUUGAAGCUGAAACCUAAAUACCUAGGCCCUUAUAGAGUGGUGAAAUGCAAGCGUAAGGAUCGCUAUGACGUAGAGAAACUUGAUAGUUCUGUAGAGGGUCCCCAGCGUUCAUCCAGUUCAGCUGACCAAAUGAAGAGAUGGCCUCAACACGGUGACGCCGAGAUGCUGGAGGAGUAGCAGUCACCUUACUCCGCAGGUUAUUAUUGCAGUUCUUAUUUCAGGAGGGGUUAACUUUCGUUCAUUAUCACAGUGCCAUGGCGUAGGGCUAUCUGUACCAGAGUAUUUACUAUGUUAUUUUUCUAUGUAAAACUAAACAUUUUGUUUUCUAAACCUAUAAAUUGUAUUAAGUUCGAAGUAACAUUUAAAUGUUUUUGCCAAUGUAGAGUUGUAUGUUUUAAAUUCAGAAACAAGAUUGUCUUGUAGGAAGUAGUUAUGUGUAUUAGGUUGUUGUAGAGUAUGGUUCCAGUUUAUUUUAUUUAACUCAAUUAUGUAGUGGUUAUUAUGAUGUUUUAGUCUAGUUAGUACAUAAGAUUUGGUGUAUGUCUGAGGACAGACAUGAGUGCAGGACGGCCGAAUGUGGGAAUGAAUGUCGAGUGGAAUGGAACGUGACAGAAUAUGAGGGAGGCGUGAGCGAGUGAGCGAAGGAGUGAGAGAGAGGGACUGAAUGAACGGUGUUAGAGGCAACCACGCGGUACUGAGUGUAACGAACGAGCCAAAGUUGUUGAAAUAAAAGUUGUAAUAAGUGUUUAAAA